AUGAUGGAUACCUCGAACUCUUCCCGCGUCUUUCUUCCUGCCAAAGGUCCGGCCAAUGCCAAGAAGGGCGCUGAUGAUAGAAGGAUGAAGUUACUGUUGUCAUUGAUCGAAUCUGCAGACAUCCACUCUCGUUCAGCUACCGGUAACAUGGCAACCGCGUCAGGAGUCGCGGCUACGGGUUCUAAUUCAACUGCCUCUUCCAACCUUUCCGUUGCCAGCGAUUCGCACCUCACAGCUAACACCGUUGGGGACUCCAAUUGGGCUCCCAUGGACGCUAGACCUAACCUAGUGUCGCCGCCGUUGGUACCACCACCUCCACUGGCAGCCGCAACCAAACCAUCAGCGGCCCCCUUGUCCAAGCCUCCGACGUUGCUCUCCACUGCAAUGUUCCAAAUGCAGCACAAGAACCAAGCAAAGGGCCUUAAGAUGCCUCCGCCGUUGCCCAACGCCCACAAUGUACCCUCCAAUGUUGCGCUCCGGUCCUUCAACUACAAUCACACUAUACCGAAGGCAGUGUUUCGUCAGGCCCGCACCGCCCCUUUGGCUACUAGCAAGCAUACCCUGGCCACUAGCAAGCAUACCCUGGCCAUCCCCGGAAACAUGUUCCGGCGCCUGAGCGAGAGCAGUUUGACUGGGGAAAGCUCCAAGGAAGCAUCUCCAAGUCAGCUACAUACAGUCUGCUGCUGGGGGGCCGACUCACGUUCAGAUGUUGCUGCCAUCAUCACCAGCAUUGUUGCCCGAGACCGCAUGGCGAUUCGACGCAAAUGCCACAUUCCCCGCCUCUCUGGAUCCAGCAAGACAACCGCGGUAGUGACCAUCAAGAGCCCCUUCCGACGAGCAGGAGGUCCUCGGAAUCAACCAUACUGUUUCCCCCUGAACCUGGCACUACUCCAUCAGCCACGAGACAAGCCGGAUCUCAAAGUCCUUCGUCUUUUGGCCGAGGUUGGACCAGACGUGUUGCGUAUGGACGAUGGCAGGAACGGAGGAGGAUCACUCAUCAUUGCCCUGCAUCAUCAUCCCAAGAACCUGGAGAUUGUCCGUCUCUUGCUCGAAGCCAAUCCCAACUGCGUUCAAGUCUCCGAUCGACGUGGGAACGGGCCGUUGCACGUUGCGUGCUUCCACGGAGCUCCCUUGGAGAUUGUUGAAGAGCUAUACCGUCGUGAUCCCGCCGCCAUUGACAGGGCCAACAUGUGUGGCGAAACUCCUUGGAACAUUGCCCAACGAAACAGUCUUCUAUCUACCAGUCCGGUGGCUGAAUUCCUCUACGCAUGUACCAAACGACGAGAGGGUCGCAUUCGAAAGACUCCAACCAAGAUCUCUCUGCCACGUACCAUCCUCAAGACCAAAUAG